CCAAGAUGCUGGUUGUCCUGCUCACAGCAGCUUUGCUGGUCCUGAGCUCAGCUCAGAGACAAGAUGAAGAGAUCACCUACGAAGACUCAAAUUCUCAGCUCCUAGAGAGGGGAGAGAAGAGCCAAGGAUAUGGUCAUCAUUUUCCAAAACCACCUCCUGGAGGAAUGCCCCCAAGACCUCCCAGUUCUGAUGAAAAUAAUGAUGGUGAUGAAGAUGGCAGUGAGGAAGAUGUGAAUAGACCAGAGGGACCACCACAGCACCCUCCUCACCCAGGACACCACCAUGGUCCUCCCCAACAGGGAGGCCCACAGGGUCCCCCUAGGCCGGGAAACCAACAAGGCCCACCCCCUCCAGGCCCACCCCCACAGGGAAGCCCCCAGCAGAGACCCCCUCAGCCUGGAAAACAACAAGGCCCACCACCACAGGGAGGUUCUCAGGGACCCCCUAUGCCUGUAAACCAACAAGGCCCACCCCCAAAGGGAGGCCCCCAGCAAAGACCCCCUCAGCCUGGAAACCAACAAGGCCCACCCCCACAGGGAGGCCCCCAGCAGAGACCCCCUCAGCCUGGAAACCAACAAGGCCCACCCCCACAGGGAGGCCCCCAGCAGAGACCACCUCAGCCUGGAAACCAACAAGGCCCACCUCUACAUGGAGGUCCUCAGAGACCCCCUCAGCCUGGAAACCAACAAGGUCCACCCCCACAGGGAGGCCCCCAGCAGAGACCUCCUCAGCCUGGAAACCAACAAGGCCCACACCCACAGGGAGGCCUACAGGGACCCCCUAGGCCUGGUAACCAACAAGGCCCACCUCCAAAGGGAGGUCCUCAGAGACCCCCUCAGCCUGGAUACCAACAAGGCCCACCCCCACAGGGAGGUCCUCAGGGACCCCCUAUGCCUGGAAACCAACAAGGCCCACCCCCACAGGGAGGCCUCCAGCAGAGACCUCCUCAGCCUGGAAACCCACAAGGCCCGCCCCCACAGGGAGGCCCCCAGGGACCCCCAAGACCUGGUAACCAACAAGGCCCACCUCCACAGGGAGGCCCCCAGCAGAGACCCCCUCAGCCUGGAAACCAACAAGGCCCACCUCCAAAGGGAGGUCCUCAGAGACCCCCUCAGCCUGGAUACCAACAAGGCCCACCCCCACAGGGAGGUCCUCAGGGACCCCCUAUGUCUGGAAACCAACAAGGCCCACCCCCACAGGGAGGCCUCCAGCAGAGACCUCCUCAGCCUGGAAACCCACAAGGCCCGUCCCCACAGGGAGGCCCCCAGGGACCCCCAAGACCUGGUAACCAACAAGGCCCACCUCCACAGGGAGGCCCCCAGCAGAGACCCCCUCAGCCUGGAAACCAACAAGGCCCACCCCAACAGGGAGGCCCUCAGGGACCUCCUAGGCCUGGAAACCAGCAAGGCCCACCCCCACAGGGAGGCCCUCAGAGACCUUCUCAGCCAGGAAACCAUCAAGGCCCACCCCAGCAUGGAAACAAAGAACAGCCAAAUUACCUGUGGUCACUUUUUGCAUAACCAUCUGUUUCCUUACCAGAGAGAAGGUGAACAGAAGACAGAUGACUUCAAUACCAUUCUUAUAGCAGAAUGAUGUCAAUAAAAUAUUUAGCAUACAAUAA